GUCUGUCGUUCUAAUCUAACCUGCGUCACUACGCACUGUGUUACCGAUUUUCUACCGAGAUUUUUGUGACAAGAAUUUUUGUUUGUACAUCUAUAAUGUUCUAAAAACGAUUAGUCUGAUUAUGGACGAUUGUAGUGAAAAUUGUUUUUGUGCUUAUCUGCAAGUUACAUAAGAAUAUCAAGAAAAAAAUUAUUAGAAGUAUUGUUGUCGACGAAAAAAACUAGCUUAAACUUUAUCAUUCAGUAAAUUGCUAUCGAGAACAAUGUCACUAAUUAUGUUACAAGGCCUUCUUCAGGCUGAAAACAAUAUAGUGGUAGUAAAACGUUAUUUGUGCAAAUAUACUUGUCAAGAUCAGUGAGAGUUGUUCAAAAACUCCAUCAGCUCGUCUCUACAGGAGCUGUGAGCUUGCGACACCGAAUGGUGAUAGUACAAGCGACAAGUUAAAGUGCGCGAGCGAAAAUAAUUGUUCAUAUCGCUUGAAAAAUAAACUACUUACACGAGUUAAAAUAUCUUCAUACGCGUAUGCAUAGUAGUUGCGCAAGUGAACGAAAAAUGACACUUCGCAGAGUUUAUUUUUUCGAUCUACCUUACGACCAAAUUGCACCGGUACUCAAUUUCACUCCGAGCAUGUCGCUGUCACAACUUUAAGGUGGCAUCUAAAUCAAGUUUAAAUGUUGAGCUUGGACAUGGAGCCGAUGAUGAUGAGAUCGACGGCGUCGUGCGACGGCUGCGCCGACAGCGAUCGAGACUCAGACAACAGCAUGAUUCUGGACCCAGUGACGAUUGACAAGGUCGAACGCUUAGCUUCGCCCUUGACCCUCGGAUCGUCCCAGUCUACUUCGGGCCGAAACCGUAACCGCAACAGCUUCAAAAAAUCUUACUCGAUGAUUUCGUCUAGCUCUAAGAAUAGUUCCAAUAAUAAUAACAACAACAAUCAUAACAAUAAUAAUAGCCCGAGCUCGAACUACUCAUCGGACAAGCUGUCCUCGUCGUUAAUAAAGCCGCCCUACUCUUACAUAGCCUUGAUCACAAUGGCGAUUCUGCAGUCGCCUCAAAAAAAGCUCACCCUCAGUGGCAUAUGCGAGUUCAUCAUGUCGAGGUUUCCUUAUUAUCAUGAUAAAUUUCCCGCCUGGCAGAAUUCCAUAAGGCAUAAUUUGUCGCUCAACGAUUGUUUCAUCAAAAUACUCCGGGAGCCAGGCAAUCCUGGCAAGGGUAAUUAUUGGACUUUGGAUCCUCUAGCGGAGGAUAUGUUUGACAACGGCAGUUUUUUACGUCGGAGAAAACGUUACAAAAGACCAUCACCUCACUACGUUCUGCGGGACAGGGCGUUAAUGGCCACAUUUGCCAUUUGCGGUGACAGAGGUCCUUGUCCUGGUGGAGGUUUGCCAGCCGGUAUACCAUACCCAGGAGCUUACUUAGCUCCUCCAGCUGGUCUUCCGAUUAUGGAUUUUUCAGCGUCAGCAUUAGAAGCCUUGAAAAUACGCGGCUUCUUGGAGCAACAGCAGCAGCAUCCGCCACCGCCACCUCUUUACAAGCCAGUGCCGAUCAGUGUACCUUCAUCAGUUAGGCCAGUUAUGAAUAAUAAUGCCAGUGCCUCUGCGAGGACGAGUUUAGCGGGAUCAACGACUACGACGACGCCGUCGGCAGCCACAAAUAUUCUUGUAAACGAUAAGAAAAGAAGUUUUAGUAUUGACGCCAUUAUUGGCAAGCAAGUCGCAGUGGCGAAUCAUUGCAACACAACCGAGCCAAACACGAUCAGCGGUUUACUAGAUCUUAGUCCGUCGGAGCAUCGCGAAAUCAGGAGUCAAGCUUCAGCCUUUUCGCCGCUAGUGUAAAGUUUAUUCAAACGCGCAAUUCUGUUGUCGUAUCACAGAAAGACGUUGCUGAACGCGAAGCAUGUUCUAGUGGAGAAUCGAUGUUACUAUGGGCCAAAGAUUGUAUGUAUUAUUAUAUGUUUAGUGAAAUUAUGAUAUUGGUAAAAUUAUAUAUAUGGUGUAACCAUAUAAAUUAAUAUAUGAUUGAUAUUUCUAAGACAAAACUUGAAAUAAUGCCGAAGUUGUAAAAACUAUCCUGAAAAAAUUAUUUAUUUUACCAAACAAAGUGAUAUUGCAGUCUCGUUUUUCCAACCGAGCACUGAAAAUGUAUAUUGGUAUAACAUUUUUUCUAACAGAUAAAAUUAGCUGAAAUUCGAUCCAGUUAUUGAAAACAAUUCAGAGGACUCCACAGGGCAGUUUUUCGAAAAUUCGUUUAUGAAAAAAGUUAUGGCAAUUUAUAUUUUCAGUGCUCGAUCGUUACAAACGAGGUUGCAGCAUCAUCUUUAAAUAGUGCAAAAUAUCAAAUGCAAGAGUUGUUCGUUUAAAUACGAUAUCUUGUCAUUAUGUCCAAAGUUGAGAGGCUCGUUUGAUAUCCAUAAUUAGUUCGAAAUUUUUUUUUUAAAUUAAUGUUUAUCAAAUAUUAAAAUCUUAUUGAAUAUUGAACUAGUAUAAAAAAUG